ACUUCCCCAUUUCUCACGCACACCGCCACGAUUGUCAACAAAAAAAAAAUGUGUGAUGCGCUCAAAAUAUUUUAACUGUUUAAAUCACAAAAUAAAGCGUGUCAUCUUUUAUACCCUGAAACACUUAAAAGAAGGUUUCAUAUAGAAACACUAUAGUAAUUUUCCAAGGAGUUCAUCAUUCCUAUUUAACAAGGAAGCCAGUCAAAAUAUGCAAAAUUCAGACCAGUGCAAAUUUGUGAAGGAAGAGGACACAGCAACUGGGAAGUGGAUUAAACUGAGUAAAAUUACUUACACUGACCCAUCAGGGAAGGAAAGAAUAUGGGAAGCUGUGAAAAGAACAACAAAAUUACCUGGUGAUAAUCCUGAUGCUGUUGUUGCAAUACCCAUAUUAAGAAGGACAUUACAUUAUGAUUGUAUCGUGUUACUAAAACAGUACAGACCUCCUGUUAAAGCAUACUCUAUUGAAUUUCCUGCAGGGUUAUUAGAUCCAAACGAAACAGCGGAGACGUGUGCUCAAAGAGAAUUAAAGGAGGAGACAGGCUAUACAGGAAUUGUUAAACAUGUAUCUCCAGCAACCUCGCUUGAUCCAGGAUUAGGGAAUACAACAGCUCAGUUAGUCACUGUUGAGGUAGAUGGAGAUUUACCUGAGAAUCAAAAUCCAAAGGCUCAGCUAGGUAAUUUUAAACUUCUUUUGGAAGGAGAAUUUAUAGAAGUACUGAAUGUACCCAUAGAUGACAUACUCCAAAAACUUAAUGACUAUGCUGCUGCUGGUGUUAUAAUAGAUUCGCGUGUUUACACAUACGCCAUUUCCAUGGAACAAACCAAGAAAAUGAUGAAAGGACAGUUGAAUUCUUGAUGUAUGAACUUUGCUAGUUGCUAGACAUUUUAAACUAUAUAUUUUGCUCAAGUAUUGUAUACAAAGAUGCAUGAAAUUACAUAAAACCAUAUGUCUAGACCAGUUGUAAGAUAGUAAAUGGCUGGCUAACAUUUAUUAUCAGUCAGAUUACAGGGUGCAGUAUCAACCAUAUGCAGAAAUGCUCUGCUCUAUGCAUGGUAUAUGAUUUCUGUUAGUUUACCAAAGAUGUUCAUUUUGUAGUUAUUUGUUCUGGACAUGGACGAAACUUUGAACUUAUUUUUUGUUGGGAACAAAUUUAUCAAGUUUGAACUGACAGGAAAUCAACAUGUGUUUCAUGUGCCUUUUUAGGAAAGUCAUCAGAAAGAAGUGAAAACUGGCAAGAAACCCUGGAAUAGUAAACAGAAUAUUUCUAUUUUCUGAAAAAAAUACUUAAAAGAACUAACCCACACAUUUUAGCCGAAAAAUGAUUUCUCUCAGAAAUCUGUAAGAAGUUUGUAACCAUUGCAACGCUUUGAAAUAAUGCAGAAAAUUUACAUUCUUCUUGCAUUUUUACCAAAAUCUAACUUUUAUUUUCACCUACUUUAUUGCUUGCCAGUUAAUAGUCAGAAUAGUUGAACCACGACUCUUCAGACCUAGGGUAGUAGUUUUGACUGUUGACCAGCAAGCUAUUCAGUAUAUUUACAUGUAUAUUAUUUUUUUAGAAGAACAUAUGGUCAUUUAAAACAUUCCCGAGAUUGUUAGGCAUAUUACAAUUUUCAUAGUAAAUAUAUAUCUAUGUAGAACUAGGCAUAAAUGAAUCGGACUGCCAACUUCUUUAUGAAUAUUCUUUUGUCUUGUUCAGGGUUAUUGUAGAUAUUUAAGUGAUCUUACACAUGUAUGGAUCACGUAAUAAUGGGUAUUUUGUAAGAACAAAUUAAAAACAUAAUAAGAAGA